AUGAAGUUGACAUCUUUCCUCGGUGCCCUGGCCACUGUUGAAGCCGUCAAUGCUGGAGAAUCAGUCUAUGUUGUCAACUCGCGAAAAGGCAACGAGGUAUCCAGCGGCUUCGCAUACUAUGCGGACAAUAAAGUCAGCCCAUGGGGUAGACGGCCUGAUGACUACACUGAUGUCACACACGGGUCUCUAAGGGUCUGGGAAGGGAAACGUACAACUGGCCGAUUCUCAAGCGGUGUGAGCUUCUAUGUCGACAUCAAUGCCGAUGCCUAUCAGCAAGGAUAUAACGCCUGGGUUGGAGGAGGAAACAAUGGAUUCAAGCAGUUCACAUGCCACAAGACUCAUGAUCGGGCUGUUGUGGUUCCGACUUUGUAUACUGUUGAUGGUUGGACCGUGCAGGGCAUCUACUGGUGCAGAGAGUAUGUUGGCGGUAAAUGA